AGCAAGUGCAGCACACCCACUGAGGUGCUAAGCCUGCUUUCUGGUUUGAUUACCACAUAUGGUGAAGCACAAGUACAUCCAGGAAACCACUUUUGUUCUGGACUACUGGAAUAACUGUUCACGUUCCUGUCAGCACAGAUCUGAGGGAAGCAAUGAGACUGAAACUCCUGCACCUUCAGACUACAUCUUUCCACUCUUUAACUACAAUAUGCCGAUGCCAAAGAUCUAAUAAAACUGGACAUCAUCUUCUAAAGCUGGAUAAGGAUGCUGACAGAACGGCUCACAGAACGGCUAUGAAGAUUGGGAACUUGUAUUCUCCAAAGACUGCUUCCCCUUGUUUGACAAGUCCCUCUGUGCAAGUCAAGAAUUGGCAGUUGAUCCAAGGAAGUGUAUCAGCUUUGAGAAAAAGUGUUUAUUAUCAGGGUGGGGUGAUGUUUUUCCCACCCUGGAAACAUUUUGGCUUGGCAGGAAUGGAAAACUACAAGCUCAAUGUGGAGUAUAUUAAAAAGCUCGGGAACAUAUCGUCAAGAUCUUACUCAAUCGUAUCAACUAGUAAAAUUAUCCCAAAACCAAGUACCCAGCCAGUUAAGAGGCCACCAAAGGCACCAAGGACCAAGCAGCCAUCCAGAGCUAACCAGCCACUACUGUCAGACAUGGAGAAUCUGAUGCAGUGCACAGCCUUUGCAACAGCAGAUGAAUAUCAUCUUGGUAAUCUGUGUCAUGACCUGACUUCCCAUGGAUAUGUUGAAAUAACAAGUUUGCCUAGAGAUGCUGCAAACGUCUUGGUGAUGGGCGCUGAGAAAUCAGCAAAAGAUGAUGAUCCUGGCAUGAUUUUUUUCUUCAGGGAAGGGGCUGUUGUGUUUUGGAAUGUGGAUGAGAAAAGUAUGAAGAAUAUAAUGAGAGUGCUGGAACAGCAUGAAAUUCAGCCAUAUGAAGUUGCAUUAGUCCACUGGGAAAAUGAAGAGAUAAACUAUAGAAUAGGAGAAGGGCAAUCAAAGCUUCAUAAGGGAGAAAUCUUGUUAAAUUCUGAGCUGGAUACUGAUGAAGUUGUUCUGCAGAAAUUUGCCUUUUCAAAUGCCCUUUGUCUUUCUGUAAAACUGGCUAUUUGGGAAUCAUUAUUGGAUAACUUUGUGGAAUCUAUCCAGUCAAUUCCUGAGAUACUAAAAUCAAGAAGGAAGGUGAAACUAUCUCAUGCAGAUGUCAUGCAGAAAAUCGGAGAACUCUUUGCAUUAAGACACCGCAUAAAUCUGAGUUCAGACCUGCUAAUAACACCUGACUUCUACUGGGAUAGAGAAAAACUGGAAGAGCUUUAUGACAAAACAUGCCAGUUUCUCAAUAUUAAUCGCAGAGUUAAGGUAAUGAAUGAAAAGCUUCAGCACUGCAUGGAGUUGACAGACCUAAUGCGAAACCACCUGAAUGAAAAGCAUGCUCUGCGCCUCGAGUGGAUGAUAGUAAUACUCAUCACCAUAGAGGUUAUGUUUGAACUUGCAAGGGUAGUGUUCUGACAUCAGAAUAAACUCUGGAAGGAAACUAACAAAACCAUAAUGACCACAUGGCCAAGAAAAUUCCUGUCUCACACGCUUCUGGAAAAUAGUGAAUUGUCUCUCUUGAUAAAUAUGUACAUACUCAAAUAAAGAAAUUGUGAACGAUA